UCGGGGAAGGUGAGGCGCGAGAGCGCGGGGCGGGGCGGCGGUGGCUCCCUCCCCUUAGGGGUGGUGGCCCCGCCCCCUCCGCUGGGUCCCCGCGGGGCGGGAGGCGCCGCGCGGUCGCUGUCCGCGGGCAGACAGCGGCAUUACAUAACCGCGUACAGAGAGCAGCCGCGGGAUUACACGAUGCAGAUUAGCGGCGGCGUCGAUUCAGCGGAUCGCCCUGCGUGUGUGUGAGGGGCGGCACGGCCGUGCGGGUGCCGUUUAGAAGAAUAGCUUCUGCCCAAGAAUUAGAAUUGUUGGAAUAAUAUGCGAACAGAUCAUGAAGAACUCUGUGGCACCAGUUAUGGAUCUUUUUGUCUAAAUGGAGGCAUUUGCUAUAUGAUUCCUACUGUACCCAGUCCAUUCUGCAGGUGUAUUGAGAAUUACACAGGAGCACGCUGUGAAGAAGUUCUGUUGCCCAGCAUCAAGUCUCAAACCAAAGGUGACCUGUUUGCAGUUCUCUUGGCUUCACUUCUCCUUCUCGGAGUUCUUUUAAUUGGAACAUUCUACUUCCUUUGCAGGAAAGCCACCAUUGCAAGGACAGGUUCCUCAGAGUGUGGUGCCCACCUGGUGGAGACUACAAGCAGCAAUGGCUGCAACACUUCUGCUUUGUUUGUUUUUCAGAAAUAAUAACGGAGUAAAGCAUUAGAGUGGAAGAAUGGUGAGAAAAUGAUGUGCAGAGCAACCCUAACAGCUGCAGAGGUUGAUAUGGGUUAUGUGGCUCGGGCAAAGAGAAGCCAAGUGACAUGGUCUGUCUCUCUUUCUCCCCUGAUGACACAAAGAGAAUGGCUGGGUACUGAGAGGCAUAGAAGACAUGAAUUGAACAGUCCUACUUUCAUCUCGUUUCUAGCGCUGGAGGUUGUGACUAAGACAAAAACCAACAUGCAUUCAUACAGCAGCACAUCACCUAGCAGCUCACUACUUGGGAUCGACCAUGCUGUACUGAAGAAAAAGCUUGAGAACAUUUCUGGAAGUGAAAGGGAAGAAAAUGCAGAAUGCAGAUUUCUCAUCUCUGAAAUAAGGGGAAAAAAGGUGUCUAGAAACGAAGGUGGAAAGGAAGAUGUGAAUCAGAGUCAAUUCCUGGGGCGUCUACUGCAUGCUCUGGCAUCAGAAAAGAUAGCGUAUAUUUUACACACACGUAGAUGCAAACACAGCAAGGAAAAGAAGGAAAGACAAAGUGUUACGGUGUAUACAGUAAGAAGUCAAGGAGAAAAUAAUAAUAUAAUAGCAAAUAGUAAACAGAGAAAAAUGUAUUACUUUCUGAGGACUCAUGUGAAAGAAGCUGGAGUACGAGCGAAAGCUCAGCAUCUGCAGGAAAACAUCCAAUCAACCAGAGAUCCUGAACCAGAAACGUUCCAGUUGUAUAAAGCAUAGCUUCCUCCUCAAAUUAACCAGCUUACAUGCUGGUUUUGGGACCCCAAACCCUUGUCAGUUACCCAGGAGGACACUGUUAAUACUGUUUUAAAGGCUAGGAAAGAACAAAGUGAUUUUUCAUCGCAUGCGGACACACCACUGUUAGAUUCACAGUUCAGGAGAUGUGCAACAAUCCUGACAGCUGCAUCAGAAUCAGAGUUAGCUGAAAUACUCUGCACAGUCUCUGUGGAAUUGAGUCAGAGAAGACUGCUGUCAGGCAACCUCUGUGCAUUACUGAUCACGAGACAUUCAGACUGACUAACUAACAUCCAGCACACUGUUUUCACCGAAGAAGAAAAGGCUUAUGGUCAUCUGAAAUGGAAAGUGAGGGAGGAAAUCUUGCUACAAGAUGUGGAAAACAAAUGGACUGAAGUUGUACUCUGUAAACGGUUAAAACCCUCUCAGCUUUCUAGACAGACAUGGAAUAAUUCUCCAGUAUUACCACUCACAUUUGCAUUAUCUGGGAAACAAUUUGUACAAAAAGUGAGAAUGAAUAAAUCAAAGGGGUGUUUAAAUGCAAACAACUCCAUCUAUGAAACAAUGUUAUCUCUGAAUGAAAUCUUAUUAGCGGUCAACACUGCUUCACAUCCAUUGCAACUGAGAACGUUUCAGCUUCUAACAUUAAUUAUUUCCAUUCAUUAGCUUGGUGAAUUUGCCUUUCAAGUCACAAGGAGAGGAGGCUAUAAAUUCAUGUUAAGCUGGUCAAACACCACAGGAAGCACAGGGUAGCCCACAUCACCUCUGAUUUAAUAAACUUGCACAAUGCUGUCAAGCAGUGCUUGUUUAAAAAUUAAGUAGUCCUGUGAGCAAGAAAGCUACAGAAAACACUGCUUCCAAUCAGAUACUGUUCUUGGAGCCAGGGGACUGCAGAAAAGGGUUGUGUGUCUGCAAGGGAUGGGCAAGGAGGUCCCUUCUCUGCUUCCCUCUGUUUUUGAGAAAUAUAACAUCUCCCAUCUUUGAAACUGCUCCUCCAUCACUUUAAAUGGGAUCACACUACUACAAAAACUGAGAGGAGCGCGGAUUAGUUUGGGUAGGACUUUCCCCUGUAGUAUGGCCACCUCCAAACACAGCAACAUUGAUGAAGAUGUAUCUGCUGAGUUUGGAAAAAGCCUCAGAACUGAACUGUGUGAGAUUCUCUGGCAGGGUUAUUUAGGUAGCUGGGAUGCACACAUUCACUGUCUGAUCAUACAGAAUGAUCGGAAGAAUCCCAACAAAAACCAUCUGCUUUUUCUUUUUUUUUUUCUCUCUAAGAAGGGCAAUGCAGUUUUUUCAUUACUGUAUGUAACAUUACCCAUCUGUGCUUAUCCAGAGUCUGGUUUGGGUGUUUUGUUUAUUUAUUGCCCUUUUUAACCUGGUCAGUGUAAUCUGUGCUCUGACACCAGGGAGCACUUUAACAAAGUACCAAAUGCACACUCUCUCAAGUACUUACAGGCUG